CGAUGUCAAGACGGAUUAAAUUGCAUCAAUUCUUCUUUCAAGAUUUCCAGCACAUCUUCAUUGUUUUUGAGUAAGUGACAAGACGAUGACAUCACGGGCAAUGAAUGAUAUGGAUUUAAAAGAGGGAAUUUUCAAAGCCAAUUGCAGAAAGAUCGUUGUUGUACCCUGUAACUGUAACAUGACACAACAAACUCCCACCAAAGCAAAAACUCACGGCAAUAUUCUUACAUUUGCCUGUAGUUUACUUGUAUCCUUCUUACUCACAAUCCCAUGCACAGUACAUGAUGACGAAUUUAUGGCAAUUUCACAUUCCUUUAUAAAGCACAGGCCGGUGCCCAGUAGGAUCAUCACUGCAAAUCCUUGUACCCCAUCAUGGAAACUCCAACCCAAAUACGACACUCAGAGGAUAAUGGUGAUCAUAUUUUCCGUAGCAAAUAUCCACCAGUUUCGGUGCCUGAUAACUUGACGCUGCCAGAAUUUGUUUUCCAGGAUGCUGAAUUAUAUGCUGACAAGGUGGCAUUUGUUGAAGCUGUGUCUGGAAAAUCAUAUACUUAUCGCGAUGUGGUCAGGGACACAGGGAGGUUUGGGAAGGCCUUAAGUUCACUUGGCCUCAAGAAAGGCCAUGUAGUUCUGGUUCUACUCCCCAAUAUUGCAGAGUAUGGCAUUGUUGCUCUUGGAAUCAUGGCUGCUGGUGGUGUUUUCUCAGGUGCAAACCCAGCGUCACACCCAUCAGAAUUAAAAAAACAAGCAGAUGCUGCAAAUGCCAAGUUGAUAGUAACAAAUGGCCCAAACUAUGAAAAGGUGAAAGGUCUGGAGCUACCGGUCAUUGUGCUAGGUGAGGAGCACAUUGAGAGUGCCAUAAAUUGGGACAAGCUGCUUGAAGCGGCUGACCGCGCUGGUGCAGGCACCAGGUUCCCUAAGGAGGAAGUUCUCCAGAGUGAUCUAUGUGCCCUUCCAUUCUCAUCAGGCACCACAGGGAUUUCAAAGGGUGUAAUGCUGACCCAUAGAAAUAUAGUGGCUAAUCUAUGCUCCUCUCUCUUCAGUGUAGGACCAGAAAUGAUAGGUCAGGUCACCACAUUAGGCCUAAUUCCGUUCUUUCACAUUUAUGGGAUCACUGGAAUUUGUUGUGCCACGCUUAGGAACAAAGGAAAAGUGGUGGUGAUGAAUAGGUUUGAUCUUAGGACAUUCCUGAAUGCAUUGAUCACACAAGAGGUGACAUUUGCCCCAAUUGUGCCACCAAUAAUUCUUGCCCUUGUUAAGAAUCCCAUAGUGGACGAGUUUGAUCUUAGUAAGCUCAAACUCAGGGCUAUUAUGACUGCAGCCGCUCCACUAGCCCCAGAGCUUCUUGCCUCCUUUGAAAACAAGUUCCCUGGUGUUCAGGUCCAAGAGGCAUAUGGACUAACCGAGCAUAGCUGCAUCACACUCACCCAUGGAGACCCUCUUAAAGGCCAUGACAGUGCAAAGAAAAACUCAGUUGGAUUUAUCCUUCCUAAUUUAGAGAUCAAGUUCAUUGAUCCUGACACCGGUCGAUCUCUUCCCAAGAAUACCCCGGGUGAAUUGUGUGUCAGAAGUCAAUGCGUAAUGCAAGGUUACUACAAAAACAAGGAGGAGACCAGUCGGACCAUUGACAAGAAUGGAUGGCUGCACACAGGUGACAUUGCGUACAUAGAUGAUGAUGGAGAUAUUUUCAUUGUGGAUCGCAUCAAAGAGUUAAUCAAGUAUAAGGGUUUUCAAGUAGCUCCAGCAGAGCUAGAGGCUAUCCUCCUGAGUCAUCCCUCUGUUGAAGACGCAGCAGUGGUGCCGCUGCCUGAUGAAGAGGCAGGUGAAAUCCCAGCUGCAUGUGUUGUCAAGAACCCAAAUGCCAAAGAAAGCGAAACAGACAUCAUGGACUUUGUAGCCUCCAAUGUUGCACACUACAAGAAAGUGAGGGUUUUGCAGUUUGUGGACGCAAUUCCAAAAUCCCCAUCAGGGAAGAUCAUGAGAAGGUUUUUGAAAGAUACGAUGAUAGAAAACAUGGGAAAAAACAGCUCCACAACUAAUGCAACAUUUGCCUAAAUAAGCUAAACCACUUGUUUGAACUCAUAUUUAUCCUCUAAAAAAUGUUUGAACUCUCCUAAUAUAUAAUUAAUAGAAGUAUCUUAUCUGUUUCUGUUUGGGAAUUUUAAAGGUCUUAAUCUUAACGCUUGAUUGAACUGGUUAUUGGUACUAAACCAUUGAGCCAAGAUUUUGUGGUCAAAUCCUAGGCUGACA